UCUUCCUUCACAAAGGAGAGAAGUAUUCAAGCCGGCCAGACAUCAUUCGCGUUGGGGAAGUCUCAUCCCAAAAAGCCAAUCCACCGAUUGAAAAAGCACCAACGCCCAAACCCUAGAAAUUUCCAAAAAAAAUCCAAAUUCCCACAAUCCAAUUUCCCAAAAAUCCAAAUCCAGUACACCUCUCUCUCUCUCUCUCUCCGACCCUGUAGUUCUAAUCCCUACCAAAUCCAAACCAUGGCCGCGACGAUCGACGGCGACGAGCGCGUCAUGGCGACGGCCCAGCACAUCCUGAAAUCCCUAGGGACCACCAAAGACCUCACCAAGGACAUGAUUUCCAUCCUCUCCAACUUCGACCACAGAUUCUCCGCCAUGACCGAUCUCCUCCCUUCAUCGGCGGCUGCCGAUGCAGCAGGCGCCACCGAAACCCCUCAGUCCCUCCUCGACUCCACCGAGCAGAUCAUCCUCCGCGGGACCUCCAAUUCCCAUGACUCUCUUCUCUGGGAAGACUCCCCGGAGGCCGCGGCUGAUUACCUGUGCGCCAUCGACCAGAUACUCGAUCUCACCCUCUCGUCCCCUGCCCAAGACGAGACCCUUGACCGCGCCGAGUCGCUGCUGCAGGUCGCGAUGUCCCGCCUCGAGGACGAAUUCCGCCAUAUCCUGAUUAGGAACACCGUCCCGCUCGAUGCGGGUCGCCUCUACGGGUCGAUCCGCAGGGUGUCCCUCUCGUUCACGUCCAACGAUGGUGAAAUCACUGAGGAUUUCGAGAGCUCAGUCGAGGAGGAAGAGAGGGGGAGCCCUGCCUUGGCAGCAGUGUCGGUGGGAGAGGAUGAAGAUCUGCCCGUUGAUUUGGUGCAUCCCGAUGCGGUUGCCGAUCUCAGGGAGAUCGCUGACCGGAUGAUGCGGUCUGGGUAUGAGAAGGAGUGCUGUCAGGUGUAUAUCAGCGUCCGCCGUGAUGUUUUGGAUGAGUGCUUGUCUAUUCUCGGCGUGGAUAAGCUGAGCAUUGAAGAAGUGCAGAAGAUUGAGUGGAAGGAUUUGGACGAGAAGAUGAAGAAGUGGGCCCAGGCGGUUAAGAUUGCAGUCCGUGUCCUUCUUUCAGGCGAGAAGCGUCUCUGUGAGCAGAUUUUUGGGCCAUCAGUGCUGAUUGGGGACGUCUGCUUCGCAGAGACCGCCAAAGGCUGUGUCAUGCAGCUGCUGAACUUUGGCGAGGCCGUGGCCAUCAGCCGGCGUUCAGCUGAGAAGCUCUUCCGGAUACUCGACAUGUACGACGCUAUCGCUGACGUCCUGCCGGACCUGCGGGCCCUGUUCCCGGACGACACUGGCGACUUCGUAUGUAAUGAAGCGGAGGGGAUCCUGAAAGGCCUGGGUGAGGCUGCCAAGGGCACGUUCACUGAGUUUGAAAAUGCGGUACAGCGAGAAACAUCCCGGAAACCGAUGCAGGGCGGCGAGAUCCAUCCACUGACGCGGUAUGUGAUGAAUUAUGUUAGGUUACUUGUUGAUUACAGUGACUCGCUGAAUUCUUUGUUAGAUGACAAUACAACGGACAAUCGUCCGGAUGGCGAUGACGAUGGGUGUUUGGACGGUAUAUCUCCGAUGGGCCUUCGCUUGCUGUCUCUGAUAUCCUGCCUAGAAUCCAAUCUCGAGGAGAAGUCAAAACUUUAUGAGGAUGGGGCCAUGCAGUAUAUAUUCCUGAUGAAUAAUAUCCUCUACGUAGUUCAAAAAGUUAAAGACUCUGAGCUUGGGAAGCUUUUGGGCGAUCGGUGGGUCCGCAAGCGCCGCGGCCAGGUGCGUCAAUAUGCAACGAGUUAUCUUCGAGCUUCUUGGAGCAGGGUCUUGUCUUGCUUGAAGGACGAAGGAUUGGGCAGUGGCGGAAGGUCGAGUGAGGUCUCCAAGGUUGCACUCAAGGAAAGAUUCAAGAAUUUCAACUUGGGGUUUGAAGAAGUUUAUAGGAACCAGACGACGUGGAAGGUUCCAGAUCCUCAGCUCCGGGAAGAACUUCGUCUAUCAAUAUCAGAUAAGGUCAUCCCAGCGUACCGCUCGUUCAUGGGGAGGUUCGGGGGUCAUCUAGAGAGUGGAAGGCAUGCGGGGAAAUACAUUAAGUACACGCCAGAGGACAUAGAGAACUUUCUACAGGAUUUGUUUGAAGGAUCACCUGGGCCAUUGAAUCACCUAAGGAGAAAACUAAGUACGUAACGGACAAGAUUCUUGUAAUGGGUAAGCUUUUGAUCUUUCCAUAGAGUUGUUGCUGUUGGGAGUUCAGAUCUCACACUUAUAAGUUAAGCUUUGAUUAGUUGUUCUUUUCUUUUUCGAUGUUUAUGUUAUUAUCACAGAUAUCUCUUGAUACUUGUCCAUGCCUCCUUCUCUGUAUUGUAAUGUAAACUGUACAUGUAUUGUAGUUCAUCUUAUGUGUGAAUCUUGUCAGGACCUUGUGAA